UCGCCGAGCCGCCCCCUCCGCGGCUGCAGGGAGAGCUCGCCCCGCUCUGCGGCCGGCGCCACCUUCGUCGCCUCUUCCUGCUGCUGCUGGAGUGCAGGGGCCUUGCCCGCGGCUGCGCUGCCCUGGGUGGGCGGCGGGGCCCCCGCUGCUGCUGAGCGCUCGGCGCCGCGCACUGACAGGUGCAGAGUCUGGGCUGAAGACCCACCUGCUGCCGCCGCCAAGAUGCCCACCAUGAGGAGGACCGUGUCGGAGAUCCGCUCCCGGGCGGAGGGGAGUUCCCAUUCUGGCAAGGGGAGACUGACUCAUAAGCAGGCAGUAACAAAGCCUUCUGGUUAUGAGAAAACUGAUGAUGUUUCUGAGAAGACUUCACUGGCUGACCAGGAAGAAGUACGGACUAUAUUCAUCAACCAGCCCCAGCUGACAAAAUUCUGCAAUAACCAUGUCAGCACUGCAAAAUACAACAUCAUCACAUUCCUCCCAAGAUUUCUCUACUCUCAGUUCAGAAGAGCUGCCAAUUCAUUUUUUCUCUUUAUUGCACUGCUUCAGCAAAUUCCUGAUGUGUCACCAACAGGUCGCUAUACAACACUGGUUCCUCUCUUAUUUAUUUUAGCCGUGGCAGCUAUCAAAGAGAUAAUAGAAGAUAUUAAACGACAUAAAGCCGAUAAUGCAGUGAACAAGAAACAGACACAAGUGUUGAGAAAUGGUGCUUGGGAAAUUGUGCACUGGGAAAAGGUAAAUGUUGGAGAUAUAGUUAUAAUAAAAGGCAAAGAGUAUAUACCUGCUGACACUGUACUUCUCUCAUCAAGUGAGCCCCAGGCCAUGUGCUACAUUGAAACAUCCAACUUAGACGGUGAAACAAACCUGAAAAUUAGACAGGGCUUACCAUUAACAUCAGAUAUAAAAGACAUUGACAGUUUGAUGAGAAUUUCUGGCAGAAUCGAGUGUGAAAGUCCAAACAGACAUCUCUACGAUUUUGUUGGAAACAUAAGGCUUGAUGGACAUGGCACUGUACCCCUGGGAGCUGAUCAGAUUCUUCUUCGAGGCACUCAAUUGAGAAAUACACAGUGGGUUCAUGGAAUAGUUGUCUACACUGGACAUGACACCAAGUUGAUGCAGAAUUCAACAAGUCCACCACUUAAACUCUCAAAUGUGGAACGGAUUACAAAUGUACAAAUUUUGAUUUUAUUUUGUAUCUUGAUUGCCAUGUCCCUUGUCUGUUCUGUGGGCUCAGCCAUCUGGAAUCGAAGGCAUUCUGGAAAGGACUGGUAUCUUAAUCUACACUAUGGUGGCGCUAAUAAUUUUGGGCUGAAUUUCUUGACCUUUAUUAUUCUUUUCAACAACCUCAUUCCAAUCAGCUUACUGGUGACAUUAGAAGUGGUGAAAUUUACCCAGGCAUACUUCAUAAAUUGGGAUCUCGACAUGCACUAUGAACCCACAGACACUGCUGCUAUGGCUCGAACAUCUAAUCUGAAUGAAGAACUUGGCCAGGUAAAAUACAUAUUUUCUGACAAAACUGGUACUCUGACAUGCAAUGUAAUGCAGUUUAAGAAGUGCACCAUUGCUGGAGUUGCUUAUGGGCAGAGCUCACAGCUUGGAGAUGAAAAAACAUUUAGUGAUUCAUCAUUGCUGGAAAAUCUCCAAAAUAAUCAUCCAACUGCACCUAUAAUAUGUGAAUUUCUCACAAUGAUGGCAGUUUGUCAUACAGCAGUACCAGAGCGAGAAGGUGAUAAGAUUAUUUAUCAAGCAGCAUCUCCAGAUGAGGGAGCCUUGGUCCGAGCAGCUAAGCAACUGAAUUUUGUUUUCACUGGAAGAACACCUGACUCAGUGAUUAUAGAUUCACUGGGGCAAGAAGAAAGAUAUGAAUUGCUCAAUGUCCUGGAGUUUACAAGUGCUAGAAAAAGAAUGUCAGUGAUUGUUCGCACUCCAUCUGGGAAGUUACGUCUUUACUGCAAAGGGGCUGACACUGUAAUUUAUGAUCGACUGGCGGAGACUUCAAAAUACAAAGAAAUUACCCUAAAACAUUUAGAGCAGUUUGCUACAGAAGGGUUAAGAACUUUAUGUUUUGCUGUGGCUGAGAUUUCAGAGAGCGACUUUCAGGAGUGGCGAGCAGUCUAUCAGCGUGCAUCUACAUCUGUGCAGAACAGGCUGCUCAAACUUGAAGAGAGUUAUGAGUUAAUUGAAAAGAAUCUUCAGCUACUUGGAGCUACAGCCAUUGAGGAUAAGUUACAAGAUCAAGUGCCUGAAACCAUAGAAACUCUAAUGAAAGCAGACAUCAAAAUCUGGAUCCUUACAGGGGACAAGCAAGAAACUGCCAUUAACAUUGGACACUCCUGCAAACUUCUCAGGAAGAACAUGGGAAUGAUUGUUAUAAAUGAGGGCUCUCUUGAUGGAACAAGAGAAACUCUUAGUCGUCACUGCACUACCCUUGGUGAUGCUCUUAGGAAAGAGAAUGAUUUUGCUCUUAUAAUUGAUGGGAAAACCCUCAAGUAUGCCUUAACUUUUGGAGUGCGACAGUAUUUCCUGGACUUGGCUUUGUCAUGCAAAGCUGUUAUUUGCUGCAGGGUUUCUCCUCUUCAAAAAUCUGAAGUCGUUGAGAUGGUUAAGAAACAAGUCAAAGCUAUAACGCUUGCGAUUGGUGAUGGAGCAAAUGACGUCAGCAUGAUACAGACGGCGCAUGUCGGUGUUGGUAUAAGUGGCAAUGAGGGCCUUCAGGCAGCUAAUUCUUCUGAUUACUCCAUAGCUCAGUUCAAGUAUUUGAAGAAUUUAUUGAUGGUUCAUGGUGCCUGGAACUAUAACAGAGUCUCCAAGUGCAUUUUGUACUGCUUCUACAAGAAUAUAGUCCUCUAUAUUAUCGAGAUCUGGUUUGCCUUUGUUAAUGGCUUUUCAGGACAGAUCCUCUUUGAGAGAUGGUGUAUAGGUCUUUAUAAUGUGAUGUUUACAGCAAUGCCUCCCUUAACGCUUGGAAUAUUUGAGAGAUCAUGCAGAAAAGAGAACAUGUUGAAGUAUCCUGAAUUAUACAAAACAUCUCAGAACGCCCUGGACUUCAAUACCAAGGUUUUCUGGGUUCAUUGUUUAAAUGGCCUCUUCCACUCAGUUAUUCUGUUUUGGUUUCCACUAAAAGCCCUUCAGUAUGGUACUGUAUUUGGAAAUGGGAAAACCUCCGAUUAUCUGCUGUUGGGAAACUUUGUUUACACUUUUGUGGUGAUAACUGUGUGUUUGAAAGCUGGAUUGGAGACAUCUUAUUGGACAUGGUUCAGCCACAUAGCGAUUUGGGGAAGCAUCACACUCUGGGUGGUCUUUUUUGGAAUCUACUCUUCUCUGUGGCCUACUGUUCCGAUGGCUCCUGAUAUGUCAGGAGAGGCAGCCAUGUUGUUUAGUUCCGGAGUCUUUUGGACUGGCCUGUUAUUUAUCCCUGUGGCAUCUUUGCUUCUUGAUGUGGCAUACAAGGUUAUCAAAAGGACUGCUUUUAAAACAUUAGUAGAUGAAGUUCAAGAGCUGGAGGCAAAAUCUCAAGACCCAGGAGCAGUCGUGCUUGGAAAAAGCCUCACAGAGAGGGCACAACUGCUCAAGAACGUCUUUAAGAAGAAUCACGUAAAUUUGUACCGGUCUGAAUCGUUGCAACAAAACUUGCUCCAUGGGUAUGCUUUCUCUCAAGAUGAAAAUGGAAUCGUCUCACAGUCGGAAGUGAUUAGAGCGUAUGAUACCACAAAGCAGAGACCUGAUGAAUGGUGAUAGGGAGGGGCUGCCAGGCAGGCUCUGCCGUGUCUCUAAGGAGAGCUGCCCGGUCUUCACCAGAAUCUGCUGACCAAUUCCAGCAUGGUCCAAGGAGGGGAAAGGUGGAUCUGAGCUCACUGAGAAUUGAUUGACAUUCAGAUUCAUGUAUAUUAUAGACAUAAGCACUGUGCAACUCUACUGUAACACCAUCUCUUUCAGAUUUUUUUAAGUAUUUGCUAAGUCUUUGUAAACAGAAAUUGAAAAUGACCUUGUAUCUUGCCAGAGUGCUUUCUUAAACUGAGAAUAGGUCAGUAUUCUUAAGCUGUUACUCUGGGGCUGUACCUAUCAAUUUCUUGGGUAUACCACAAGGCAACCAACCAUUAAAAAACUCUAAAAUGGUAGUAAGUUAAAGGGACUCGAUAUCGAGAUUUAGAUUUCAGAAUAUGCUGGGGAAAAAAAAAAAAAAACAGCAUUCUUUAGGAAAUAACUCACCCUACUGAGAAAAAUUUCUAAAGACAAUAAAUGUUUGUGUCAAAAAUUGUCCCGAUAAAUGUUUGCCAAAGAAGUUUAAUAAAUGUAUUUCUCAUAUAGUAGUCAUUUGCCCAGAAGUUUAAGAGAACGUUUACCGCCAGUUCUACUGUAAGAUCUGCAUGCUCGACUUUUCAAAUGUAAGAGUGAUUUGCAAAAAUGAGUAUUUCAAGGCAUUUGCUACUAAAAUUGUGAUGUUGCACCUUUGGCCUUACAGAUGCUUCUUUCUUUGUCUUGUUUAUUUUUUAAAGUUAGAGGGUGCAGGUGGUAAUGUGACUCUGUCAUUACAGUACUGAUUUUUAAAACUGUAUUUAUGUCUCAGUCAUUUCUAAUGAAGUUUCAUCAUCAUUUGUUUUUUUCAAAAAAUCUGACUUCUGCUGUAGAUUGAUUAAUGUCAUUUUGUCUUAAAAUUUUCUCUCAUGAUAAAUAUGCUCACAUGUUCAUGUAGAAUUUCUAAUGCUUCUGUCGAGAUGUUUGAAAAUAUCAUGUCAGAUAAAUGCAUGAGCUCUUGUACUGUGUUUUGGUUCUCCCUGUUAAUUCCUGCUAGAGAUGCCUGCUCUCUUAUGUAGCACCCCCCGCCCUCCCAUGUUAGCUGAUCGCCCUAUAGUUAAGACUGAGAAUUACUUCACAGUUCACUUGUCAAGCAGCUCCCAAAAUUAGUCACAUGCUGCUAAUUGGGACAAAUAAGUAGUACAUUUUCCCCAUUUUAAAAACACCUAUUUUACUCAAAAAAAGUUUUAUAACUUUACAGUCAAAGAACACUUUUCAACGUGAGUAGGUUUCGUUAACAUGCUUUAAAAUGUACGGUCAGUUUAAUUAAUUUUAGCAUUUUCAAGACAUCUGGAAAUGCCUGUUUUCCCACCAACAGUAAAUGGUGAAGGGGCUGUUUAAAAACCACAACCAGUUUUCUACACUAUUUUUAAAAGAAUGCUUUCAUCUAGAAAAAAAUUAAAAGGAAUUCUAGUUUUCAGAUACAUUUCAGAGACUGAAGCAAUCUUUUUGCCUUUUAUUCAAAAGCCUGUUUGCCUUUAAGUGGACUUACCAGCAAAAUAGGUAGAACUUCCUCUUUAAAAAAAAAAGGUCAACUAACACUAAGAGAAGUGAUUUUGUUAAUCACUCCUCAAGUUUAAUAAUUUUACAUUCUCUUCACUCUUUUUCUCAAUCCAGAUUUAAAAUUAGGCUAUAUAUCAUUUCCUUCUGUGUAUUUUUAGCUAUUUGGUUACAAGCAUGCCUCCCACAUUUUCUACAAAUAAGAGAGGGUAUAACACGCACAUAAUUCUAACCUAAAAGGGGCAAGGAGUUGACAUACUUCACUUCCCAAACCUUUCCCACUUGGGAUUCAGAUUAAGAGAAUCAUGAAUCAAAACAUCUAGCAAGACCACAUGUCUAGAAUUGUCUUCAAAAUUCUGAAGUCACAGAUUUUAACUGUCUACAGAAUAGAUAUGCAGAGUGACUUUUCUGGGCCUCCCAGCAGUGAUGGUUGAGGUCAAACCACAAAAAUCGAAAAAUAAGAAUGAUAUACAUCCCUCCAGAGAAAACCUAUUAACAGUUACAGAGAACAGCUGCUAUUAUUUGCCCUUACCUUACCAGUGGCAUUCUCCAAAAUUUUAAUAUCAAAAUAUGAUGAAUUUAAUUUUAUCUUGACACAUGGAUUAUUUCUGUGGGGCUCUCCAACAGGAAUAUAAUACUCAUGGUUGAUAAUACAUAGGAUCAUGGUCUGAAAUAUGACUAUGCUUUUCUGUCCCAUGACCCUAUAUUUGAACUAUCAAUAUUAAGUCAAUUUCUUCGCUUUUGGGGGUGAAAAGGGGGUGUUAGCAGCAGGGAGUGACCUCUUUGGCAAAACUUAAAAUACAACAUUGUAAUUGUAGUGGCUUUAUAGUGUUAAAUCAGAGAAAACCCUCUGAUUUUUUAACUUUCCUUAGGAGGAAAAAUGUAACACAGUUUUACCAGGAUUAAAAUAAACAAUUGAAGUGA